AGGAGAUUAGCCAAAACAAUCCCAACUUCCGCGAAGAGGGCGUGAAAAAAUAGAACAGAUUAGAACAGAUAAGUUUUAUACCAAUACUAAAUAGUUGAUAUUAUUAAUACUAUCGUAUUCUAUACCUGAAUACGUGUAUUAGUAACAUAUAGUGGUCAAGUCAGGCUGUUAAUUAAGAUUUUCAAUACCAGCGGUUAGACAGAAGAUAAUUCGUGACUGCAUAUCUCUCCCGACAAGCCUAGCUAGCUCAAGAGUCUUGGCAAGACCAGGGUGAAUUCAGAGCCUAUAAUCCCGUCUGGAUACUACACUACAGAAGUGGACAUUUUAGGCGUAGGCCUGGCCUAAAUACCUGUGCUUGUGAAAGCAGUUAGCCGUUAAACAAAUACAAGUGAUCAUCAUGGCAUCAGAGUGGCUCCGUAUAGCUGGUGCCGUUGCACUGCCUAAUAUUUGCGGCAAUCGUGGAUAUUACAUGAAAAAUCCGGAGGUUAAAGAAUGGGCAUCCCGUUUAAAUUGGCCACAUUGGGCUCCGCGUGCCAUCUUUCCCCUUACAUUCAUCCCGCUUCAGUCAAUAUCAGGCUACGCAUCUUACCUUAUCUGGAAAGAAGGAGGAGGAUUCAAUGAGAAUACAAUGCUUCCGUUGGGCCUGUAUGGAUUAGGGUUAGCUCUCAACUUCCUCUACACACCUAUCACCUUUGGAUACAGGAAACUUGGCCUAGCCAGUGUUUGUAUGUUGGCUUAUUCUGGUGUUCAUGCAGUUACUACCUAUCUGUUUUGGAAUUUGGACAAAACUGCAGGAAAGAUGAUGAUACCUCUGAACUUUAUGCUAGCUUUCACCACGGUUGUUGCUGUAGACAUUUGGAAAAACAAUAAGAAACCAAACCAUGUAUCAGAAGACUAAUCUUAAUUGUAUUGGGCUCCUAUAUAAUUUCACAAUAUAUAUGAUAUCUUUUUAAAAUAUAAAUUCUAAAUUUAUCAUUUAUAAAAAGGCUUUUUAUAUUUACAUUUUCAUCUAUUGUGUGGAUUUAAAGAGCAUAUAGAAAAAAAUUGUAAUAAACCGUAAAGGUGUACUGUACUACA